ACACUCAAAAGCCCACUGUUUGAACGCAUGCUUCGAGAAUACACUGGUGGAGCAUACAAACCGAAGUCUGAUCUUGGAUCUGGCAAGGCUGCUCAGCUGCUGCUUCUUACAAAUAUAACUUAUCUCGGUUCAGCCUUCAUUCACCUUCUUCAUUCAGCUUCCUGCACUCCACUAUCCCCUCAAUACACCUUCACUUCUCACUACCUUGGCCCACCUCAAAGACUUUGUACAUUGUUUCCCUUUGUUCCUUUUCUGUUCCUUCAUCAUGUUGUACCCAGACCAACCUACGCCGCCCUUCAAAUCGCCCUACCAACUCCGUGCUCCAGAGACAGGCGCCCUAAUGGAAUCGCCCUAUCCUUCGCCAGGGCGAGGAGAGUCGCGGUCCAAGUACCCGCAAGGCCUCGGUCUAUACGAAGUUCAGCCUACAUUCCCAAAUGGUCUGCCUCCAUCACCUCAACCGUCACCGAACUGGAAUGGUCAACUUGCAAACGUUUCUUCGCCGGGAGAUUUUGCCAACCCAUAUCACUCGGGGGCUUUUGACUAUCCAGUAUCCCGCUCACCCUUGCCCUGGUCAUCUGCACAGGUAUCUCCACGUUCGUCUCUGUCAUAUACACGCGAAAUGUCGGCAUUUUCCCAUGAUGGCUCAGAGCACGCGUACCCUAGCUCAGUGAAGGUCGAAACUCCGGGAUGGAGCCCACAAGUUCAUUUCAGUACAGACGGUCCAGGACAUGUGCAUGAAAUUGCAAACUCGAGGCAACCUUCCCUCACCGUAGCACCAGAACGGCUCAGCACGGGCAUGUAUACGUACGAGAAUGCAUACCCAUCACCAGUUUUGCUCCGAAGCGAACCGAAUCACAUGUACAACUACAACGAUGUGGUCUACGAGAGAGCGCCGUCAGAGGGAAGCAUGCACAGCCCACAGUCUCGAAAAGCUCGCCCCAGCCUCGCCGUCACAGCCAUACAACGCAGACAAACUCGUAACCGCAGACAUACGGAUCCAGCUCACGCUGCAUACCUGUGCGAGUUUUGUCCUGACAAGGGCUUUGCCAGGAAACACAACCUGACACAGCAUAUGCUCAUACACGAGGCAGUUCGCAGGAAAGACCAUGUGUGCCCUUACGAAGCGUGUGGAAAGGAGUUUGUACGCAGGGCAGACUUAAUACGUCACGACGAGUGUGUGCACAAGAAGAAGAGGCCAUGGCAGUGUGAGAAGUGCUCUGCUAUGUUUGGUCGCAAGGACACUUUGACAAGGCAUAAGAGUGAUGGAUGUUCUCGUCGUACGGAGGUUAUGAGUUCGGGAAUCGUCAAUUCACAUUUGUGAAACACU